AGCGCGGCGCCCAGAAGUCCAGGCCUGAAGUCGUUAAUAAACUCUUAAAACUCGUCCCUGCUUUGCGACGUCGACGUGAAAGCGCGUGAGCGAGGCAGACGGCGGGGCAGUGGAACUUUAGGGUGUGAAAUAUGCUGGUCUUUCUUGUCAGCUCGUCUGGCCCGAUUUGGCUCUGAGGAAUACUGAAUCCGAUUUUAGAUUGCCUGCAAAGCUCUUCAUCAGCGCAGCCCUGUCAGGGUUGCUAUGGCUGCGGCUGACACAGAGACCAAGUACUGGACGCAGGGUUGCCCCAGUAAGGCCGGAAGGAUCUCCAGUCGUCGCUACAGCAGACCGUCAAACAUCCUACGACCAGCACUUGACGUCAAUUCCAGGCCUCCCAGAUAAAACCCGAGACCAGUAGACCGCUGGCCACCGCUCCGGAGACAAUCCCCAUGAGUCUUGUUUGUGCCUUCUCAGGCUCUUGGCCAGGGUCAGUGUGCAGCAGAAGCAGACCAUGUUUCAUCAGCAGGAGCCGCUGAAAAGCCAGCAUCAAGAGAGCCACCCAGCGCACAAGCAGCUCUUUCACUGCCAAGAGUGCGGGAAGCAGUACAACACCCAGUUCGGUUAUCGGCGUCACCUUGUUGCUGCCCACAAUGCCGCAGCAGGCAUCGGCUGCCCAGAGGGCACGCCUUCCUUACUGGAGCACAUUGGCGGCCACAUCGACAGGCCUCCGCCGACAGAGGUCAACAAUAACUCCUCGAUGCCAAUCAGAGAGAGGAAAUACUCGUGCGAGCGCUGCGACCGUCGGUUUUACACCAGGAAGGAUGUCCGCCGUCACGCCGUGGUGCACACCGGGCGCCGUGACUUCCUCUGCCCUCGCUGUGCUCAACGCUUCGGUCGAAGAGAUCAUCUGACCCGGCAUUUGAAGAAAAGCCAUGCACAGGAAUCAGGGCUGUUGCCACCUGUUCCCACCACCCCCGUGACGGCGCCCACAGCUGCCACUCAGUGUCCAGUGAAGGAAGAGCCAAGUCCCGGUUCUGAAAUUGGCCCGGUGUCCAAGGACAUUAUGGAGACAUUCUCCAGGGAUGUGUACAACCCCUACCCCAUUGCUAACACUGCGCACGGGAUGUGCCACCCUCAUGGGCUCAUGCAGGGCCCUCUGCCCUCCGGUAUGGGCUGCUACAUGCCCCCUCCGCCCAGUCACCCUCAUCAUCACUUGCAGCCCCCUGCUGCCCCCCAACAGCAGCCCUACGGCAACAUGAGCAGGUACCAGCAUGGAUCUACCUCAUAUUCUCGUCCUGAAGUGGACAGCUUCCUGCUGGAUCUGCAAAGUGCCCCCCCGCCUCACCUGAAUGAAGUCAACUCUUCUACCUCUUCGUCCACCUCCCCACAGAGGGAUGUACUGAAUGAAGGGGCGGUUCCUGGAAGUGACCCCCACCUGCUUCCUCGGAGUCCUGCCAUCCCUUCAACCGAGCUGUCCUGCACCACUAAUGUGGAUCUGGCUCCUCUGCUGGGCUUCUUGCCCUUCAGCCUGCCUCCGUACAGUCCUCACAUGGGGAUGGGAGGACUUGUGAUGAGCUACCCACCUUCUACUAGCUCUUCACCGUCUUCUUCAACUGGGCUGUCCUCCCAGGCUCCAGGACCCUUCUCUUUCUUCCAGCCUCCCCAGGCUAAUGUGCCCCAGAGCCCUGGAGCCCACAACCACAGCCAGCUACCUCAGGCCUACAGUGGUCCUGCUAUGAGCACUUCUAGCUCCCUACCUCAGUACUACCAGACCUUUCAGCAGUAAGAUUUACUAAAGGUGGCCUUACGCAUUGAGAUAUUUUCUUUUCUUUUUUUUUUUAUUUUUAGAGAAAAUAAUGAUAAGUUUGUCUUUUUUUUUGUUGGACACAAAUCACCUCAUCAGUAUUACCUCAAUAUUUAAAUGGGAAGCUUGAAAGUCAGAGGGAAUAAGGGCUUAUUAAUAUCAGUACAACCAAAAAGAUAUCAUUUUUUUCCCUUUUAUUAUGUCUGCAUUUUAACCGCCGGUGAAGAACAAUACUGAGUUCCAUGUUUUGGGUCAGGAUAACAGAUGCUUCAGUAUUAAUAGCUCAUUUGUUCGACUGCAAACCCAGCAUCAGCCUUGCAGAAAGACUAGUUUUCAUCUUGACCGCAUUUGGUUGCCACUGACAGGAAGUAAAAACGCGAUCUCGCACUUAUUGUAUUUUAGAAGGAACCCUUAAAAACAUGAUCUAAACAUACAGGAAAUCGAAUUUCCACACAUUUUCCUAUGAUGCCACUGAAGUCAGGCGUUCCCAUUAUUGUCGUUGCAUCACGCUGAACGAAUGCACUUACCUCUAUUUUUAAACACAGCAGACCCUGAAAGGUUCACGCCUGUCAUCCAUGAAGCUUGUUUGAAAACACUAGUGAAGAAGCUGUUAAUGCAGUUUUAAUCAUCUAACAAACAGUGACCUUGAACCAAAAUUCCUUCGUUGCGGUUGGAAAAUUCAAAUUUAUUCCUCUGAACCCUCUGAGCAUAAAUUGAAGAAUGCUUUCCGGCUGCUUUUAAAAGUGGUCAGGUAUAUAUAUAUAUGUAACAAAAGUAUUACAUAUUACAAGAUAGAGAUGACAGUGUAUUACUAAAACCCAUAGAGUUUUUACUGCCUGACUAAAAGUAAAUAGUGUAUAAAACGUUCUUAGGUCCAAAGGGAGCCACUGAAAUAUUUCCCUAGUGUGGCCCCCCAUGCUUCUUUAAUUUGAUUUUAGUAGAAUACAAUUACCCUGAGAUUCUUUCUUUUGUUUUCUUUCUUUAUGAAGCCUGUUUUUAUUGGUGUGUUUCAUCCCUGCUACAUGAGUAAAUGACUGUACAGUGACUGUUUACCCAACUCGGUCAGAAUGUGACAAAAGUUGAUAGCUGCGUGAGUUUGACAUCCGAAAGUUGAAAUGUGAAUGCAGCACCCGCAGCAGUUUUGUCUGAGAGACUCUGCUUUUUUCCCCCUCCCCGAAUCUGAACAACUGGAUCCCUCGACCAAGCUGCUUGUCGUGAAUGACUUUGGUUCACUGCGGCAUCUUCCCUUCCGAGGGUUUUUAAAGCGCAAUUGAUCUGUGAUCCGUGCUGUCGGACCCUGUUUCUGACUCACCAGCAUAUUGUUUUCAUGGCCUUUUCCGCAGAGUUCUAUGAGGGACAGAGAAAGCCUCUUUACAUUGUGGCAGUGGCGGCGUCCUGGAAGGCAAAGUGGGAGCUCUUCUCAUUGCUCCUCUGCCUUUUUAUUCCAACGAUAGAACCAUGCUGCAAUGUUCCAGUGUCUUAAAAUGCUGCUGUUAUGCCUCCUAGAGUGUGGAAUCUCUUCAACUGGUCGAAGCACUUAUGACGUUUCUACGAAAAAAAUAUGAUCUGUACCUCAAACUCACAAGAGUGGGUUUUUGUUUGUAUUAGCUUCUAGUUACUUUUUGGCUUAUACUUGUGCCAUUAGAUUUAAUAAGUAGAUUUUAUCAAUCUAAACUCUUAAUCUAGUGGCAGAAAUGAUUCAAACUUUCUACCUCUAAUUUGCAAAUCUUCCUGCAAAACAACCGUGUUUUUACCCACCAGCAUUGUUGAAGAUUGGGGACGUGUUCAAAACUGAAGUAGUGGGACACGCGUUCGGGUUAUGUACUCCCGCCAGUGGAACAUUGUUCUUGUUGUUACUUGCCUUUUAUUGAUCUUUCACCUUAUUUACUACCUCAGAGAAGAGACGGUGAAAUGUCUCGUUUGCAGAGAAGAUGUCUGUAGAUUUCUGUCAAAACAAGCACAUGUACUGUGUAGCUCUUAGCGAAAUGAUGCUCUGCACAAGUACCACUGAAUUUGUUCUGCUUCUGCACCUUCGCAGUCUGGAAUGUGUGCGGUUGUUUCAUCUGGGAAAUGGCUUUUUACACUACAGCAAAGUGGAUGUUAUCUGACAAGACGUUCGGCAGUUUCAGAGCACUUGGCCAAGAAUCGUAUUGCGAUUUUUGGCUGGGCACCUCGUAUUGUGAGUCAACUACUUAACACAGGCAUUUGAACCCCUUUUCUACUGCCUUGAACGGAACCAUAAGUUUCCUAUUCUAUAAGGAGUGCCUUCGUCAAAUGCCUGUGGUAACGUCGGUUUGGGUCUAGGUGCGGUGCUCCCAGUCCACUUUGACUCGGUUUGAACUCAACCCAAUUCUUUUCUGACUUCCUGUGUGACCUUUUUUCUAAUUGCAGAUGUGCAAUGUGAUUAAAAACUUCAAUAACCACUGAGUACAAUAGAACAUAUAGAAAUAUCUAUUUUCAAUGAUCUAGACUUCAUGGACACCUUUCUAUAUAUUGGGUUUAAGUUCUUGCUGCAACACUACAGCACAUAACAUUUGAAGAUUCACUGACUGUUGCCACUUGAAAUGGAGUCGUGCACAUUCCAGAGUGAUGCUAGAUGCUGGGCGCAGAAUAAUAUACCUCACCUCACACGGGGAUGCUCUUCUAGUGUUGUGUCGCUCGUAGUCGACUAGUGUCAUCACCUUUAACGUAGCUACAUGUCGCAAUAGAAGUUUGUAUUACCACUUCAUAGACUAGGAGACAGUGAAAGUGUUCUCUGAUUUUUUUUUUUUCUGAACUGAUGAAAUUCAAAAAUAAACGUGUAGAUUUUCACUGUGAUCAUGCGUUUGUUGUUUUUAUCACAGCACUUUUUCUUCUCGCUCAGCAGCGUUGCAAAAGCCAUGUGUAGUUUGAUAACAUCUGCGUGCUGGUGCUUACCCCGGAGUACAAGGUGCACGUGGUCCUGGUGGCCCCUUCAAGUGAUUUUUUUUUUUUGUUUUUAUUUUAAAGCAAUGAUCGUCUACAUUGAGCCAAACUUGACUAAACCAGGCCAUUAUUUACAACAUGGUUCCUGAUCUUUCUAUGCAUUUGUGUUUCGCUAGUGACACGUGUCAGGGAUGAGGCGGGAUUUGGGUUGGUUUGUCACUAACCAUUCAGGACACAAAUUGCCUUCCACUGUGCUCCCUCCAGGUGUGUGAUGGACUUGGA